AUGCCCGGCGUAGCCAGUGCUGAUUCUGUGGCCCUGAGCCCUCUUGAUCACAUUCCCGCCAAACUCUUCCUGCCAUUCAUCUUGUACUUUGAUACACCCGACCCACAAACUGCUCUCAACACCCUCAAGGGUGGCAUUGACAAGCUCGUUUCGCAACUGCCUUGGCUGGAGGGCGAUGUGGUCUUCCAUCAAAAACCCGAUGGGCAGAAGGGUCGUAUGCACAUCGCGCCACCGCAGGUCCCUCUCUCUCAAGUCUCCAUUCUACAGGUGAAGUACUUCGACCGAGACGAGGAGCUACGAUCGCACCCAGUGCAAGCGUACCUGGCCCUCCUCACGUUCAUUCCCGCCUCGGAGCAGAGACCCGUGCUCCGCUUCCAGGCCAAUUUGUUCCCCAGCAAGCUCGUCCUGGCCAUGUCCUUCUGGCACAACGUCUUCGACGGCACGGGAGCCGGCGUGAUCCUCGAAGCCCUAGCCGAGUGUUGUCAAUUCAGCACGGAGCCAACCGAGACUCCUCUCGCCCAGAUCAUCGCAGCAACGCACAUCACCCUCCGCAACCACGUCUCCAGCUUCCCAGCCCAGUGCAAGACCCGUCUCGACCACGGCGUCGAACUGGGCCCGCCCGUCUUCGACCCCAGCACCUCCACGGAGCAGUGGAACGCGAUGGAGUCCGCGCUGGCAUUCGUGGUCGAGACCAACCGGUACACCUUCGAUCCACACAAAAUAGCGCAGCUGAAAGACCUCUGCACGGAGCAGCUUCAGGCCCUGUCCCCGACAACUGCAAGUUGGAUCUCCAGCAACGACAUCCUCACCGCGACGCUGGCCCUCUGCGUCGACCGCGUGCUUCAUCCAGAGCGAGCAUCAACCCCCACUACCACUACCACCAUCACCACCCCCAAACCAGCGGACUUCCUCAUGGCCGUCAACCUGCGCAACCGCGUGCGUCCCCGCAUUCCAGGUACAUACGUGGGGAACAUGAUCUUCCCCAUCCACGACACAAUCGACCCACCGAAGCCCCUCCCCGCGGCAGAGGGUCACCCCACGACAGACGAGGAGAGAGAUCUCCUCCGCCUCGCGCAGCUGGCCUUAAGAGUGCGCACCCGACUGUCCGCGAUGGACGGGACGGUGGCGUACAGCGCCUCGGCCGUCGUGGCCGACCACGACGACUGGACGACGGUCGAAGGCCGGCCCGCGGGGAUUAUUGUGACGAGCUGGCGGGAUCUCGACAUUUAUUCCUUGGACUUUGGGGCGGGGCUAGGAUAUAUUGAGGAUUUUGAGCCGGGGCUGGCGCUGGUGCCGGGGGGAUGUAUCUUUCUCCCGGCGCGGAUGUCUGGUGGUGGGGGCCGGGACCGUGCGACUGCGCCGUGGGAGGUGUGCGUCACUUUGAGGAUGGGGGAUUCGGAGACACUGCUGCAUGAUCAGUUAUUCAGGAGGAUCCUUGCGUAG